UUAGGGUGGACUCGCUCGCACACUGGAGAGUAGAGAGAGAAGCCUUUGUACUUUCUCUCUCUACUUCUCGGUCGUCUCCGUCGCCAAGUUUACCGUCCUAGGGUUUCCUUCCUAUCAACUUACUCUUCAAACUUAGGGUUGUCAAACUUCAUAUCUCCGUCGCUCUUUUAGGUUUUGGCUUCUUCGUUGUUUCUCUGGGUUCCACUCGACUUGGAUCUUCGCUCACGAGUUCCACAGGGUUUGUUUUCUGCAGGUUAGUUCAAUCAUUGGUUUCACAAGUCAAUAGGGGAAUCUGGCAAUAGCGCCUUCAAAAUAUUUGUUCGAUAUGACAGUCAAAAACGGUGAUUUUCCUGGAGGUUAUUAUCGGAACAAUUUUGAAACACCCGGUGGGUAUGGAGGGUCUGAUAGCCCUAGUGUUUCAGAGGAUUCAAAUUGUUCCAAAAGGAAGUUUGCUGGGUUAGGUCGUGAAAUAUCUGGUGUCCCGAAAAUUGUUUUUCCCUUGUCUGACCUGUCAUCAUCAGAGAGAAAGGAUUUGGUUCAUAAGCUAAGACAGGAGCUGGAACAGAUUCGGUCCUUCCAGAAGAGUGUUGAGUUUCCAAGGACAAAUAGCUCCGCUGAUACAUCCACAAAUGAUUUUUCUCGAGCCAAGAGUUUUGGAAAGUCAAGGUGCUCAGCUGGGCCUGGCAAGAAAGUGAUCCCUCUAAGUGCUGCUAAACCAGCCCCGGUCACAACUGCUAUAAUACUUCUGAUGAAGCAGUGUGAAGCCCUCUUGAAACGAUUGAUGUCACACCAAUAUGCUUGGGUUUUCAACACUCCUGUGGAUGUAAUCAAGCUGAAUAUACCAGACUAUUUGACAGUUAUCAAGCAUCCUAUGGAUUUAGGAACAGUAAAGAGUAAGUUAACUUCAGGUACAUAUUCAAGCCCGCUGGAAUUUGCUGCUGAUGUCCGGCUUACUUUCACCAAUGCAAUGGCGUAUAAUCCUCCGGGGAAUGAUGUAUACAUCAUGGCUGAUACUCUCAGCAAGUUUUUUGAAGUGCGUUGGAAAACAAUUGAGAAGAAGUUAUCAGGAACCAAAGGACACCCUUCGUCAAAUAACUCGGACACCCCUGUCGAGAAAGAAAUUAAAAUGGCUCUACCUAUGGCUAAGAAGAGGAAGAUGGAUGCAGUCAACCAAGAAAGUAUUUCAGAGGUUACUAAGUAUAAGCAGGUUAUGACAGCUGAGUACAGGUGCAAGCUGGGUAGGGAUUUGGAGUAUUUGGGAGAUAUUCCGAUACAUAUAAUUAAUUUCUUGAGACAGAACACUUCGAAUGAGGUGAAGGCUGGAGAUGAUGAAAUUGAGAUUGACAUUAAUGAUCUUAGUGAUGAUGCCUUGCUCCAUCUGCGUAAACUUUUGGAUGAGCAUUUGCUGGAAAGCCGGAAGAACGAGUCAAAUGCUGAACCCUGCGAAAUAGAGCUUCUACAUGGAUCAGGACCAGUAAAUUCAUCAGGGCAACCGUGCGAUGGGAGUGAAUUGGAUGAGGAUGUUGAUAUUGGUGAAAACGAACCUCCUAUACCAGGCAUUUCUCCUGUCAGGAUAAAAGAGGAUGUGCUCUCAGGGAACUCCAGUGGCUCUAGUAGCUCAGAAAGUGUAUCAGAGGAUCCUAAGAUAACAAGUUUAGCAGACACAUCAAAGGGGCAAGAGACCAUGGAUUCUGCAUCUCCUUUGGAUGGAAAGACAAGUGUUCCAUCGAACAGAAGACGAUCUGUGAGUGGAUUGAAUCAGCUGGAAGAUGCCUCUCACGGAAAGCUGUGUUCUGCUGAGGAAGCAGAUUGUCACCAAGAUGGAAAUAGUGCUGAGAAUGAGAGGCAGCUACCGUCUGAUAAGCUCUACAGGGCUGCUUUACUGAAAAAUCGGUUUGCUGACUUGAUCUUGAAAGCACGAGAGAAGACACUUAGUCAGAAUGACAGGCUAGACCCCGAGAAACUGCGGCGUGAGAGAGAAGAGCUUGAGCUGCAGAAGAAGAGAGAAAGAGCAAGGUUGCAAGCUGAAGCAAAGGCAGCUGAAGAAGCUCGUAGAAGAGCUGAGGCUCAGGCUGCAGCUGAAGCUGUGGCUGAGGCUAAAAGGAAACUUGAACUUGAGAGAGAAGCGGCUCGUCGGGCUUUGCUGGAGAUGGAGCAGUCGGUUGAAAUAAAUGAGAACGCGGAGUAUCUAAAGGACCUAGAAAUGCUGAAAACGGCUAAUGGUGGUGAGAACUUAACAAAGGCGAGAGAGGAGGAUGAGGGUUGUGAGGAUGGGUUGGGGAAUUUCGACUUUGGGUUUGGGGGAUGUAAUCCACUGGAGCAGCUUGGGUUGUUUAUGAAACAUGAGGAGGAGGAGGAUGAAGGGCUUCCAGAUCCAGAUCCAGAUCCUUGCAAGGAAAUCGAAGAGGGAGAGAUUGAUUGAGCAUCAGCGUAUAAGGAGCUCCUCUUCUAUAGCCAGGAAUCAUUGACAAAGAGCAGGGAUUAGAAAACAAAAAAUCAAAUCAGAAUCCCUCAAGAACAAGUGAAGCAAAUAGGGCGUGUUGUUUUUUUUUUUUUUUUUUUACACAGAUGAGAAAGGAGGAGGUUGUGUAGUAUAAAAUGAGGACACAUCUAAGUUUCUCUUGGGGGAGGGAGGACAUGGUGCAUUGUGAUGUGUGCUUUUUUACCAGUUGAUUUAGUAAGCAAAUAUUAUAUUGUCA